UGCGAUGAAUGACUUGGAGUCUUGGUUGCAUUUCAGGCCGGUUUCCCUUGAGGCUGGGGACACUUGACUCUCGCCUCUGCAUGCAGUGUUAAUCCUCCAUUCAUUGCGACUUUGCCUACUGAUGUGCUGCAUAAGACCAACGGGUCUGCAGACUGCAACUGCAAGGUGUAAUCUUACCAUGAUCCCCCGAUAACGUUUAUUUUGACCUCAGGCCAGCCUCAUGGCAGCACCCGUCUCAAAGCCACCGCUGGGCAGCGCACUGAAGGCGGCGCCAACCUCAAGCACACACUCACAUUCGGUGGCCUUUACAACAGGCAAACCUGCUCCUGCUUGUCCAACAUCACCAGUAUUGGCCCAUCGCCGCUCUGUGCGUCCAACACCAGCCGACUUCCUCUCGGACAAGGCGACGAUAGCCUUGAUUCGCCGAACACUAUGCGCCCAGCAAGUCGCUGAUAGAGGGAGGAGUACUCCGGCUCCUAUCGAGGAGCUAUUGCCCCCUCUGACCAGCCGCAAUGAUGUGGAUCUCCAGCUCUACGCUCUCAUCUCCAUCGUCAUCAGGGAAUAUGUGCAGAAAUGGUACGAGAGGAUCACGCCAGAUGAGACAUUCGUAGCAGAGGUGGUGCAGAUCAUCGCUCACUGCACGCGAGCCCUGGAACAGCGGCUAAGGAAGGUCUACCUGGAGAGUUUAUUGCUGGACGAACUGCCUGAACUGCUCGAUGCACAUGUGAGAGCAUAUCGGAUUGCUCAGAACUCUUCGGCGCGACUCCCUAUUGAGUCUAGCCAUCGCGAGAUAUACCACUCGCUUUGCCCCUUGCCAGCGCUAUCCCCCGUUCCCAAGCCCGAAGACCCCAAAAGCGUACAGGUCCAGGUCGACAAUGAAACGGCAUAUCGUCAACUGCUAGUUCAAGGCGUACUCGCUGUGCUCCUUCCUACCGAAGAUCUCGAGAACGAUUGUCUGACAUCGCUGGUCGGCCAAAUAUUCUCGGAAUUGAUCAUUGGUAACCUCAUCGCCAAUAAGGUCUCGCAGCCAUGGCUAUUAUGGGAGCUUAUCAUCGUCAUGACACGCCUAGUGGACAAAAAGAGGACCAGGGAAGCUUCCGGAGCUUCUGAAUCUGAGACAACCACCGAGCCAAGUUCCCGAGACUCGCUUCACAGCCCCGAACCCACCACUGGCUAUCCAACUAGAAGCCGCGAGAUAUGGUCCAUCCACCAAAUAUUCUGGUUCGUCCUCCAAUGGGUCUUUUUUGCGGUAAACUCAGUACGACUCAUUAUCAGUACCAUUGUACUGUCGCGAACGCUACCGGCUAGACCCGCCUCUGCAUUUGUACCAAGGUCGGAUGCGACUGGUCAGCAUCAGAGCGAGAAGUCGUUCGUUCCUUCGGUCCACUCCGAGAGACAAUCGCCAACAGUCAAGGUCCCCAUCAUCGAUUUCAAUAUUUGGCCGGCCAUCGUGAACCUACUCGAAAUGAAUGUUCGUAUGCCUUGGCUAAGUGGAGCCUUCUCCAUCCUGCAAUGGGGAGCCAUGAAAGGACCGGGAAGACUUGCAGCCUAUGACGGGCUUAUUGACAGGCUGCUUUCGUACCACAUCCACGCGCGUCUACUGGACCCUGCCAUCCUACCCCCACUCUUGCGCUCGAUCCGUGGUGUCCUCUUUCCCAACAAUGCUCCAGGCGCCCCCGGUCUCGUCCCUCCCUCAUCCGACGAGGAGCUGGCCGCCCUGCGUCGCAAAUGCGCUAGCGCUAUUUGGGCGCUUGUGCCGAAGGGGGUGGGCAGACUGUACUUUGGUUCUGUGUCCUUCUGGCCGAGUUCCACCAGCAAGAGCAGCAGUGUGAACACCACAACGAAGAACGCUCCACGGUCCACAACAGAAGACCGGGGGAGUCAGGAAGGAGAAGUAUCGCCUUUUUUGUGCAACCAUGACGAAGACAAGGACGAGGAGAACAGGAUCUUAUCCGAGAUCGAGACGGGCGUCCUUGACGUUUUCUCGGAUGCUUACUGCAACAAGCACCUCAUGUACGGCGCGCUCGAGCUGAUUCUCGUGCGCCUCAUGCCCGAGUUGGCUGACAAGGGGAUUAUUGAGCUGUGGGAGGAAAAGCUGAGUUAGCCUUGGUCGCUAGUCUUCUAUAAAAGUGAUUGACUAGCUGAAGAAUUGAUUGAUCGAUUGAUGCGAAUAUUCCUAAUCAACGUCGUACGACAGCUGCUGCGGAGGGACGAAACAGAGCCGCGCCGAGUUUUCUUCUUGACCGGUAGAGCCUGAAUUCAUGGUGUGGCGCGGACAGCGGCAAGCUUUUUGUCCUUGCAUGUACACAUGGGGUUGUCUGUACCUUAUUGUUAUUGAUAACCAAUCCAAUCCAAUACAACGCUACGCUUGCAGCAAUUCUAUGCUCGUGUUCCCGUUCU